GCUUGAGAUAUUUUGCAAAGAAGAAUGGGGAAAAAUGUCGCUCUCUGUUAGAAAAGUUUUGUUUGUGUGUCUAUUUAAAACAGAGCUGACACUCAUUCUUCUAACAUGGCUUCGAGCAUAUGUUACUAACUUGUUAUAUUCUUUUGUUCUAACUAACCCCAUACGUAAUAUAUAGAUCUGUGUGGUAAUAAAGUUCCAGUGUGUGCCAGGUACAGACAGAUCUUCCUUAUCUAAUUUAGCCAAUAAGAAGUGUUAUCGUUGUUUCACUGUAAGGAUGAGAAGGUGUGGGCUCCCUUCCUUCUUCUCUCUCUCUUUUGCUUUUUCUCUCACCUUGUAAGCAUUACUAAAAUGUAUUACUGCAUUUUGGAUUAAAUGAUCUUCACUUUCAAACACCUGGAUUUUGAUUGAUUACAAGGAAAGAAAUAACCUAACAUUUUUGUCCUCCGAGCGGAAAUCAAUGGAUGGAGCCCUUGGGUUGACACCGGUACCGACAGAAUCCAGAGAAUGAGGUUCGUUCAAGUUUCCCGGCUACGAGCGAUGGGGUUUGGCCUUGCCGUGCUGAUGACCAUUGGACUUACCAUGCAGCUUCUGGGCUUCCAUUUCCCAAAAAUGACCUCUCAGAGCUCCACCAUACAUCCCUUAUCUUCUAUACCUCCAUCUCUUCCACCGACUUGUCAGCCUAAGAGGCACAUUGUGUUCCUGAAGACUCACAAGACAGCUGGAAGCACCGUACUAAACCUCCUGCACCGAUAUGGGGACAAUAAUGGCUUAUUCUUUGCUUUGCCAAUCAAGUAUCAGUUCCACUACCCACAUUUCUUCAACUAUUACCAGGUGAAAGGCAUCAACUCCCCAAACAGGACGCAGUAUAAUAUCCUCUGUCACCAUAUGCGCUUCAACCUCCCAGAGGUUCGGAAGGUUAUGCCUGCAGACUCCUUCUACUUCACGAUCCUCCGGGAUCCAGCAACCAUGGCAGAGUCUUCUUUCAUCUACUUUCGUUUUGCAUCUUCAGCCUUCAAGAAGGCACCCAAUCUCACAGCUUUUAUUUCCAAUCCAUCAUAUUACUACCAAGAAAAAGAGCAAUCCGACCACUAUGCUCGCAACCUCUUAUCGUUUGACUUGGGGUUUGAUCAUAAUGCUCCUUUUACAGUGACUCUGGCAAGAGCUAGAGCACAGACAGUGGAGGAGACAUUUAAAUUGGUUCUACUUACAGAACAUUUUGAUGAAUCAAUGGUUCUUCUCAAAGAGGAGCUAUGCUGGGAUCUGGAUGACGUGGUCACCUUUAAACUCAACAUUCGUGGGUCUUCCAGACCACUGGAACCAGAGGAAGUAAAAAAGCUUCGGGCAUGGAAUACUCUAGACUGGUACCUCUAUGAGUAUUUUAACCAAACCUUCUGGGACAAGGUGGAGCGAUUUGGCAAAGAAAAGAUGGAUAAUGAGGUUAUGAGAUUGAGAGAAAGGAGACAACAGUUAGCUGAGCUCUGUCUUCAGAAUUUGGAGCCAGUAAGGGCAGAGGACAUUAAGGAAGACGCAUUUAAGCCGUAUCAAAAUGGGCAGGCGAAAAUACUAGGCUGGGCCGUAAGGAAAGACCUUGAUCCUCAAAUUCGUAGUCUUUGUAUUCAAAUGGCCACUCCUGAGCUGCAAUAUAUAGACUUAUUGGAUGCACGUCAGUUUCCAGCAGGCUCAAAAAUGUGACUCAAACCAUAAAUGCAAGGGUAGCAGCUCGGUGAGAAAACCUCAGUUGGCCAAUUUAUUUAAGAAAGUAGAAGAUCUGGUUGCUGCAAAGUGGAUACGAUGUCAAAGCACAAUAAUUUUCUGCAUCAAAAUUAGGUCUGAUUUUGUUAGGCCCCUUUCACACUGGGUCGGU